AUGCACGAAGAUGAUCAGCAUCAAACUCGCACAACUCAGGAGCGUGCCAGCAUGAGUCGAUUCCGCAUCCGCAGUCGAGCCGCAAAUCUGCUGUCAUCCAGCGCAGACUAUCUCGCUUCUCGUGACUGGCAAGCCGUCGCCGGCUCAGCCCGUGCCCGCUUCCAGCCCCAACUGGCCUCCGCCAUUUCGACAUCGCACUCGCGCUCGCCCUCGGCCGCAGCCUCCUUUUCCUCGAGCGCACCGCUCCCUCGCUUCAGAGACAUGUCGCUCCGUGCAGGUGCGCAGAACGUCGUCCUCCUCCCCGGCUGGGCUCAGCGCAAGGUCGCACGCGACCGCCAUCCCCAGGGCUGGGCCACCGUCGAUGCACCCGAAGACCUCGAGGACGGAGAAAUCGAGCUCCACGUCUCCAUCCACGGCUUUGCUUCCAAAGUGCUCGACUCUCCCAGCCGCAGUCAACGAAUCUUCAACCAGAUGGCUCGUCAACUCGCAGGUCUCCCUCGCAUACAGUCCCUCGCCCCCGAUUCCAGCGUGCUUCAACCUUCCCAGCCAUUCGUCGACGAACCACAAGAGAUGGACAGCAGUCAAGCCUCUCUGCCCCAGGACACCGACUCAUCCAGUCACCCGCACAGCUCCGAAAGGAUCGCACGCAAGCUGAUCGAAAAUGCAGACGACGAGACGCUCGUACGCCUCAUGGAAAACCUCCACGCCUUCCCCACCGAUCACGCCGCCGCCAAAAAGGCAGCUCAAGGUCCCAGCCACGAUCACGAGCCGCUUCACCAAGACGUCCCCUCCAUCCGCACGCCAUCCAGAUCCGACACCGUCCUCUCCGGCGGCUCGGCACAGUGGCUCAAUCGCAGUGCAGACGAGGUCUCCUUGUUCCACAACAACCUCUCUCGUCGCUUGCACGACUAUUGGGUCUACCGUCUCCCGCAUCACGACGUCUUUAUCGAAAUCUCUCCAGUAAUCAAUGGCGACGUCGCCCGCGACUCUCGCGGCAACCGUCUCAUUAUGGCCUCAACUCGUCUCACCGCCGACGCUACCGGCCAGUUUGAGCAUCGCCUCAUCAUCCCAUGGCACAUGCUCAAUGCCUUUUGCCGUCACUACGCCGACCUGCUCCAGGCAGCACCCCACCAGAUCCAAGCCCUCGACGUCAAGGCCACGCUCCUCGCCGACUCCUCCGAUACCGCAUCAACCGGGCCAGAAUCUCCAUGGCGCCGCUGCUCCAUUCACGAAGACCAUCCGCGUCGCGUCAGAGUCAUCUCCGACAUCGACGACACCGUAAAGCAUACUGGCGUCGUUCAAGGUGCAAAGCAGAUCUUGCGCAACGUCUUUGUGCUACCCUACAAAGACGCCGAAGUCAAAGGCAUCUCGUCUUGGUACCACGCCAUGACCGAUCUCGGUGUCGGCUUGCACUACGUCACAAACGCGCCUCUCGAGCUUCACAACCUCGUGCUCGACUUCCUAGAGGCAGUUCGUUUGCCAAUCAGCCAUCUGGUCUUGAAGCACUACCCGAGCGGUGCCCGCAGCCUCUUUUCCAGCUGGCUCGAACCAGCCGGCGAACGCAAGCGCGCAAACGUGGCCAAGAUCCUCGACGACUUUCGCACCUCCCAAUUCAUCCUCAUCGGCGAUUCUGGUGAGCUCGACCUCGAGCUUUACUGUGCCUUGGCUGCAGAACGUCCUUCUCAGAUUCGUGGAAUCUUCAUCCGCGACGUCAGCACUCCCGCGGCUCGCACACCCGACUCCUCCGCAUUCUCCGCCUCAUCGGCUUCUGACGCAUCCACGACCAGUAACGCUGCCCCUGCAGGCCAAACCUUGCCGUCCGCUCCAAAGAGUGCUUUGACGCAACCGAGCCCCAUUCGUCGCACCGAUGCGCCAGAGAUGCCCUUCUUCGACACCUCCUAUCCGCCCAGGGCGCCCACAGUCUUGGAUCUGCCAACCUCAAAUUACACCGGUCGAGCUGCCGAAGCUGUCCGAACCUCCCGGGCCCUCUCUGAGCAAGAGAUCAGACAAGCCCAGAUCUUCCAAACCCGGCUCAACAAGGCUACAAGCAUGCUACCUCGCACCACCGUCUUCAGACUUUUCAAAGAGGGCGGCGACGUCCAAGAGCAGGCCUGUCAGCUCAUUCGUGAGCUACAGAGCGGCACCAGACCCGCCGACCGUACGUCUUGA